AAUCCUCCUCAGCUCCUCUUCGUCUCCCAAACAGUUCCCUUCCCUUCAUUUUCCGGGAAAUUUCGUCACUUUGUCAUGGAAACCGAUGAAGCCACUAACCUGCAACUUCUUCCUCCAGCUCCUCCACAGACACAAGAACAACAACAGCCUUCCAUUCUUCCUCAGUAUCAAAACCUGAUAAUGGCGGCGAUCGAGGCGUUGAACGACCCGAACGGCUCCAACAAAUCGGCAAUCUCGAAGCAGAUCGAGGAUACGUACCCGGAUCUCCCUGCUUCUCACUCGAAACUCCUCUCGGACCACCUCAGCAAGAUGAAGCAGAUUGGUCAGCUCGUGAUGGUCAAGAACAACUACAUGAAGCCGGACCCGAACGCGCCACCUAAACGCGGCCGUGGGCGCCCUCCCAAGCCGAAGGAGCCUCUCCCUCCCGGAGCUGAGCUACCACCAGCUAGGCCUCGCGGCCGUCCUCCGAAGCCCAGGGACCCUUUCGCCCCAGCUCCGCCUGCUAAGCCCAAGUCUUCUUCAUCUGGUACUGGGAGACCACGUGGACGACCUCCAAAGAGGGCCAAGACAGCAGCUUCAGCUCCAGAUAGUGGCGCGGUUACAAGAGGGAGAGGUAGGCCGCCGAAGGUGAAGCCGGCUGUGGAGCCAGUUGGGUGUUGACUGUUUAGUUCAAAUUGCAUGACAAGAAAGCGGAGACCGGGAGGGAGAGAGAGUUAGGGAAGGAGGUUGUAAUGUAGGAGAGAUUUAAUUUAAUUAGAGGUAGAGUUGUGACUGUAAUUGGUUGUAAAUUGUUCAUCACGUUAAUCAUCCUGCUGUUUAGGCUUCUUCAAGCCUCUUUGAUUCUA